GCGCAAUGUCGACAGUGAUGGAAAUGUCGACGACGCGAGCUGAAAUCCGUUCAGUGCUCGUCAAACAUUGGCGUUCGCUGGACAAGGCGCGCCUCCAUACUAUUCACUUAUGGCUUUUGCUCUACGCGGCCGCGCAAAUUUUUAUCGAGUAUUAUUUCUCAGAAGUUUAUGCAGUUUUGAUGUUAGAAGCAGACGAUCGACCACAGUCAAAGGAGAAUCAUGAAAAGGUAAAAAAGUGGUCUCCAUUUUGCUUUUAUGCAUCAAUAUUUUUUAUUGCAUAUCUCAUCUUAACGUGUUUUGCAAUUCGCAUACGGCAGCCAAAAGAAGGCAUGGGUUUAGUACUGGUAUCACUUUCAUUGUGUGUUUUACUUCCUGCAUUUUCAUGGAUACUUCACCUUCCAGUUGUUAUUUUUGUUAGUCGUGAAAGAAUUCAUACUAAUGAGCACGACCACUCUGCACUUUACACAAGUUUGUGCAUAGCUUCAGUAAUCCAAUUUUUUAUACUUCCUCGUCACCGUCGUAUCUUUUUUGUGGUAGCUGUUAGUUGGAUCGUUGCCAAUUUUUUGUUGAUUGUGGCAAUCAAUUGGGACGCUCUCAAUGUCAAUACUCUUUUUAUGUGCUCGUGUCUCUCGCUGUUUCUACAUCAAGGCGUCAUAGCCCUAGUGGGUGUGGUGGCAGAUUCAAAUGAAGCAGGGAACCGAGCAGAAAUCGCGAGAAAGCUCACUGAAGCAGUUUAUCGAAGAACUGAAUUAGAAACAUUGAAAGAUCGACAAGAACAGUUGCUGUUGUCAGUGAUACCUGCAUAUUUGGCAGAUCAAGUCAGCAAAAGUAUCAUUCAGUCAAGUAGUACUGGAUCGACUGUAGAAGUACCGAGGACUGGGAAAAAUAAUACAAAAAAUCAUAAAUUAUUUCACGAUCUACAUGUUCAAGUUCAUGAUAAUGUUAGUAUACUCUUCGCGGAUAUUGUAAACUUCACAGUAUUGGCUGCACAGUUAACUGCGAAGGAUUUGGUUCGAACACUCAAUGAGCUGUAUUCAAAAUUUGACCGUGAUGCACAAAGGCUUCAAUGCAUGCGGAUAAAGUUUCUGGGAGACUGUUACUAUUGUGUGUCAGGGAUGCCCGUGAAUAGACCGAAUCAUGCAGAUAUGUGUGUCGUUAUGGGUUUGGAGAUGAUAAACACUAUAAAACAAGUCCGGAUUGCAACUGGAGUCGAUGUAAACAUGCGAAUUGGAGUACACACAGGUUCAGUGCUUUGUGGAAUAAUGGGACUCCGAAAAUGGCAGUUUGACAUCUGGAGUGAUGAUGUUACCCUUGCAAAUCAUAUGGAGUCGGCUGGAGUACCUGGCGCCGUUCACAUAACUAAAUCGACAAAAGACAUGCUCCUUGGAGAUUAUUGUAUCGUUGAUGCAAAUACUGAUGAUCCCCACGUUGUGUCUUACGGUCAGCCAACAUAUCACAUUCUACCAGACAAAACCUCAGCGAUUGAAAGAACUGCAUCAAUAUACAGAAAUAGUCGAUUAUCGACUAGUCCAGCACUUCAGUCGAGAAUGAGUAUGAAGGCAAAAGUAUCAAAGAUGGUGGAGUUUUGGGGAGCCGAGACACCAUUUGCCAAUUUCACGAAGAAAAAGUUUUCAGCAUCUCAUGAUCCUGCAUUAAUCACGGAUGAAAUCGCCCGUCGUCCCACCUAUAUUAACACUAUUCCGUCGAUGACUCUCAUUGAAAACAACCUUACAAACUUCUCAUUCAACAAUAUAAAUUCAAUGUUCAACUGUGAGCUGCCAACGAUCCCUGCAUCUCCAAAGCUGUUAUGGCCGUUCAGCAGGAAAUCAAUUACCUGCAAUUUGUCAGAUUGUGUUCUUCUGACAUUUGUGUGUAUCCCAUCUGCUUUUGCAAAUUUGUUGCUUUGCUCUUUAUAUUGCCCAUCCGAUGUUCUACAACAGAUAUCGCUACAACAGUUCUUCACAAUCAUUGGUUUAGCAAUGUUAUCACUUCUUGGUCGGGUUUGCUCGUACGCUGGGCCAUUGAUCACUAUGGUUGCAUUCCUCUUAUCAUCUUGUAUUCCAAUCGGUCCACAUAUAAUUAUCAAAAAGUCAAAGCUGGAGGGUGUGAUGGCAUUCAAUUCUCUGAUUUUUCUGCCAAGCUGUGUCAGUCAUCUUGUGUCUGUCUUUAUAUUGUACCGAUUACCAUAUUCUCAUCGAUGUUUCUUGUUUUUUGCGGAUUUUGUGAUAUUUCAAGUCCUACUCUCCCUGUUUCCAGCUUAUGGAGCAGAAGUUUAUGUUGGCUAUAUGGGAUAUCACUUAUCGGUAGUCUCAAUAAGUUUAUCUCUUCUUGUGGUUCUUCUAUUCUUCAUUGAUUGGAUUACAAACUACGAGAGGAAACGAGAAAGCGCGUGCCACGUGUCUUUCCAGAACGAGGAACGUGACGUGGAAACUAUGCAAGAUAUCAAUAAAAUCCUCAUUGAAAAUAUCUUACCUUCGAGUGUUGCUGCUAAAUUUCUAUCCCCCGAUCGAGCGGUCAAUGAAUUAUAUGCUCGUCAACAUGAAAACGUCUGCGUCAUGUUUGCCUCUAUUCCAAAUUUCAAAGAUUUCUGGAGUGAAUGGGAUACAAAUCGAAAGUUGGAAUGUCUAAGACUUCUAAACGAAAUUGUCUGCGAAUUCGAUAAGUUGCUCUCAAAACCAAAGUUUUCAAGUGUGGAAAAGAUCAAAACAGUUGGAAGUACGUACAUGGCAGCAGCUGGACUAAAUGAGAGUGAAGCUGAUUAUGAUGAUAUUUAUCUGGAAAAACAAAAUUCUGGAAAAUACAACAACAAUAUUCGUCAUGGCAAUAUGGCAUUUAGAAAUGCAAAUUUGAUGAUUGAAUUUGCCUUGGCAAUGUCACAAAUUCUGGAUGCACUCAAUCGAGACUCUUUUCAAAAUUUUGAACUUCGAAUUGGCAUGAGUGUUGGGCCAUUGGUGGCUGGAGUAAUUGGAGCACAAAAGCCUCAAUAUGAUAUUUGGGGUAACACGGUGAAUCUUGCAAGUCGAAUGGAUACACACGGAGAACCACGGAAGAUUCAUGCAACAACUGAUAUGGGAAGAGUUUUACAAACGGGUGGAUAUCGAGUACAGAGUCGUGGAAAAAUUCGGGUCAAGGGAGUCAAGGAACCGAUGGAAACCUUUCUGAUCGAGGUCGACUCCAAACGAAACUCCUCAGUAUCCGGCGAGCAACAAAACCAUAGUAACAACAAUAAUUGUCACAGUACACUCUAACUCGUUGUUCUGUUAUUUUUACCUCUCAACUGCAUUCACCUUCUCUCUUGCACCCUUGUUUGUAU